UCCGCGGCGGUUAAUUCCAUUUACAGUGUGUCCUGUCUUCUCUCCAUCUGUGUUUUACUGAGACUGCGAGAAAUGGUCAGGUCCGGAUCUCGACCGGGCCAGGUGUUAUCUUUGGGAAGGCCCCCUGGAUCUGCCAGAAUAACACAUGGAAAAAAAGGAACCCAUUUAAGAAAAGUAUCAUGCCUUAAUGCAGAUUCUGGCUGUCCUGGUCCUGAUUUAGGAAGACAGGCUAGACCUGUACGGGGACUUGAUGGUUGUGCUUCUUUGCUGCAGGACAUUUUGAACAAUGAAGAUUCAGGUUCAGAAGCAGUAUAUUCAGAAAACAAAUCUAAUUCAAGACUUUCAGAAAGCAAAAUAUGUGAUUCUAAACAGAAAAGACGUGAAAAACAUAUUGUUCCUUCGGUAGUUCGGAAAGAAAUAUUAUCUUUUGAUAGUAAGAAACAGAUACCUAAAGAUGCUUCGACUAAACAUGAAAAAGACACAUCAGAUAUGGUGCAAAAUUGGUCAUUACAAGAUCAUUAUAGAAUGUACUCACCAAUAAUAUACCAAGCCCUCUGUGAGCAUGUACAGACUCAGAUGUCACUGAUGAAUAACUUGGCUUCAAAGAAAAGCCCUCAUGGGAUUCCUGCUGUAUCUUGCCAUACUCCAUCUGGUUCUGAAUCUCAGGCAGCAGCACUUUCUAGUUGUGGCUUUGGUAGCUCCACUCCAGCCUGUUCACCUCAGCGGCCACCUUGCCUUCCAUUGGUUCAUUCUGAAGUUCAAACGGAUGAUAACAAGUUUGCACCACAAGAUAAAACAACUUCUGUGAACUUCCUCGAUAUUCCAAGAAAUUCAUUUAAUAACCAUCCUGGAGCUCAGUGUAGCUUGCCCCCAAAUGAAAAAGCAGAUAUUCCAACAUUGCAGCAGCUGAAUCUUACUAAUUGGAUUGUGCCACAACAAACAAUUUCUGAAGAAGCAGACCUAGUAAAGUGUUUUCAGACACAUAUGUCUCUGUUUCCAUCUUGCGGAAAAGAAACUGUCCCGGACAUUCAGACAUGUGGAAGCCUCACUCAGUCACAGCCAGCUUUCUUGGCCACUAGUGAAGAAAGAUGUGCCAGAGAACAAAUUGGAGAGACCACAAAUGAAGGAAAGUGUUUAAAUGUACAUGUACAAGAUGCAAAAAUAGUCAAAGAUGUACAGAAGCCAAAAAAUGUGAACCAGACUGCUGAAAAAGUUAGAACUAUAAACUACUUGUUGGGAGAGCUCAAGGCCCUGGUAUCAGAACAAGAGGAUUCAGAAAUUCAGAGGUUAGUAGCAGAAUUGGAAGCAUGCAUAUCUGGGCUUCUAGCAAAAAGUGGAAACAUAAAUACCCAAGUUGAAAUAGCACUGGCCAUGCAACCAUUAAGAAGUGAAAAUGUUCACUUGCGACGGCAACUGAAAAUUUUGAAUCAACGACUCAGAGAACAAGAAAUAACUGCAAAGGCAUCUGGUACUAUGAAAUGUAAUCUUGAAUUGUUUUCUCUUCAGUCAUUGAACAUGUCACUACAAAAUCAAUUGCAGGAGUCAAUAAAGAGUCAGGAAUUACUACAGAGUAAAAAUGAAGAGCUCUUAAAAGUGAUUGAAAAUCAAAAAGAUGAAAAUAAAAAAUUUACUAGUUUAUUUAAAGACAAAGAUCAAACUCUUCUUGAAAAUAAACAGCAAUUUGACAUUGAAAUGACAAGGAUAAAAAUUGAAUUGGAAGAAGCCCUGGUCAAUGUGAAAAACUCCCAGUUUAAGUUAGAAACUGCUGAAAAAGAAAAUAAGAUAUUGGGAAUAACACUACGCCAGCGUGAUGCCGAGGUAACUCGAUUGAGAGAAUUAACCAGAACUUUACAGAAUAGCAUGGCAAAGCUGCUCUCAGAUCUUAGUGUGGACACUGCUCGUUGCAAGCCUGGGAAUAACCUUACCAGAUCACUUCUGAACAUUUAUGAUAAGCAACUUGAACAGAAUCCAGCCCCUCUUCACACUUCCAUAAUGAGCUACCUAAAUAAAUUAGAAACAAAUAACAGCUUUGUACAUUCAAAUCUACUUUCUACAAUUAAGAAUGAGGAAACCAUAGAUCUAAAUAGUCCUUAUGAAAAUGUUCUGCCUCCCAAAGGCCUUCCACAUAAUGACACUAGUGCCAUGGAGGGAAUAUCUGUACCUGGGAAUCUUUCUAUCCUUUCAAAACAGGGUUCUGAUGUGGAAUGUGAAACCAUGACUUUAAUUGAAGGGUGUAAUUUGGAUAAUACAAUUUAUAUUCCUUUGGCUAGAAGCACUUCUAAAAAGCAUUCACCACUUCCUAAAAGAGUCUCCCCUCAGCCCAAGAUAAGUGUUUCUGCAACACAACUAGUCAGCAACAGUACAUUUAUCUCUGAAACAAAAAAUAAACUGUGUGCACCUGCAGUUGAUUCUUCAAAAAACGAAGCAGAAGAUGUACAUCCAAACCUUUCCAGCACAGCUGAUAUGGAAGACAUAGAGCUCCUCAAGAAAAUAAAGGAAGCAAUUGGUAAGAUUCCUGCUGCCACUGAGGACACAAAGGACCAGACUGCACAUCACAGUCCAGCAGUUUGUCAUGCUACCAGUGUUCAAAGGAAAGGCAAUGCUAAUGCUGUUUGCGAUGACAGCUGUUUAAAUUCUGACUUGAUGUCAGACUGGAGCAUCUCUUCUUUCUCAACGUUCACUUCUCAUGAUGAACAAGACUUCAGAAAUGGCCUGGCAGCUUUGGAUGCCAACAUAGCUAGACUCCAGAAAUCCUUAAGAAUUGGUCUUAUGGAGAAAUGAAUUCAGAAGAAAACUGAGUGUUUCCUCUUUAAGAUUAGAAUUUUGCUACAUUAAUGUUGUAUUUUAAGCUUCUUUGGAGAAAUUCUUUUUAUGUUAUUAAUUAUGGAACAAUAAAUUGAAAUAAUAGAUUUAA